GUUUUUUUAUUGUGUGUUUUUUUCUUAGCAACUUACAUUUUAAAGCAUAUAAUAACUUUAUUCGAAAAGAAACGAAAUCAAUAAUCUCAAACCACUGAGCAUGCGUGUGUACCAAUAACAGGGACAAGCGGCUCCACACACACAGAGACAGCGAUGCUUGUUCCUAUAGCAACAGCCUCUCGCGCACAUCCGCCGCCUCCAGCCUCGUCUUUACCGGAUCCGCGCGGCCUCUCCUCCUCCUCCCCACCGCACAGCAGCAUCCCUCCGUCGACAGGACAUUUCCUCACACGGAAAUACGACGGGGGAAGGAAAAUGGCGCUCAUCCCAUCACAGAUCCUCAGAGUAGCGAUCCUCCUCUCUUAUUUUUCCAUCCUCUGCAAUUACAAAGCCAUAGACAUGCCCGCGCAUCAAACAUACGGCGGUAGCUGGAAGUUUCUUACGUUCAUAGAUUUGGUUAUUCAGGCGGUGUUUUUCGGAGUGUGUGUCCUGACUGACCUAUCGAGCCUUUUGACAAAAGGCAGCGCCAGUAUGGAGCAAGAGAGACAGCUGAGGAAGCUGAUUGGCUUACGUGAUUGGAUGAUGGCUGUUCUGGCCUUUCCCGUUGGGGUGUUUGUGGUGACCAUGUUCUGGACUCUUUACUUGUACGACAGAGAUUUGAUUUACCCAAGACUGCUGGACAACUUUAUACCUCAGUGGCUAAACCAUGGCAUGCACACAACAGUUCUUCCUUUCAUCAUAAUUGAGAUGAGAACAACACACCACCGGUAUCCCAGCAGGCCCUGUGGACUCUUGGCGGUGUGCGCGUUUGCAGUGGGAUACGUUGUAUGGAUGUGCUGGGUGCACAGCAUGACGGGGGUGUGGGUUUAUCCUCUGCUGGAGCACAUUGGGCCCACGGCCAGAAUACUCUUCUUCUUCUGCCUCAUGGCUCUGAUCAAUGUCUACUACGUCUUGGGAGAAAUUCUGAACAACUACAUCUGGGAUUCCUCAAAGUGCAUUCUGGAAUCAGACAAGACCAAAACUGACUGAGGAUCAUCACAGACUCUUUUUCUUCCUCUGAGGUCUAAUCAGACUUUAACUUCAGUUUAAACCAACAUAAUAUAUUUAUUUUGCUCUCCUUUUAUCUCAUUUUACUCACCCUCAUUGAUGCCCCUUAACUGAAAAAUAAAGCACAGACCUGCAUUGGCUUGAACAUUAAGUUGAAUAAUUCAUGUAUUGAACUUCCGGUAUGAAUGUUACAGCGUUUCAGAAUACCUCAAGCUUUGCGUGAUCACUGAAUUGUGUGUACUGAACACAUGCUGCCGUCACGUGUCCAAAGCCAGUGUUACAAACAACCAUACAUAUUACAUAUUGCAUAUAUCACUCAUGAUGGGUGUUAUUUACUUAAGAGAUGAUUUAUGGGUAUUCUGUCAUUAUUUGCCCCUGUAAAAUAAAUAAGCAACACCUUUA